CUGCUCUUCCCCCUCCCCAAACUCCCUCCCUCCGCCCGGCUCUCCGCGCAGCCGUGGGAUCUCGGAGGAGGGCGUCCAUUAGGCCGCGUGUGACCAUGUAUGGUAAACAGGGGGCUCAUGAAGUCACUGAGGACCAAUGGGAAGCGUGGAGCAGGGCCUGGGGCGGGGCUUGGCCCUGGCGGCGGGCGCGGAUUGGCACGCUGCGAAUCUCCCUGCAGCCUUACAAGGCGGUGCGAGGCGAGCUAUUUUUAGAGGGCUAUAUAAGGGGGCUGAAGAGGCCGUGCGGCGCCCGGGGAGCGCGAGCGCGAGGGAUUGGGAGGGUCGCGGCGACACUUGCACCGGCUCCCGGUACGCUGAGGCGACUGGGCUCGGGCCGCACACCGGCCUCCGACCUUCGCUUGGGUGCCAGGUGGAGCCCCAGGCGGCCGGAGCCUGCGCCCCUCAGAGGGGAGAGGGUCGCGUAUCGCCGUUCUGGCGUGGACGCGGCCGGUUAGGAGGCUGCCAGGGUGCCGAGAAGAAGCGCCAGAGGAGGAAGCGCCACACAAUGGAGCAGAACAAAGGGGAAUGCGCGAAAACAGCGGCGGGGGCCCGCCUUGCGCGCCUCGCGCAGGCCCCGCCCCCAGCCCCGCCGGCGCCCCAGUGCGUGCCGCCGCGCCCCGCCCCACCCCGCCCGCCCAGCCUUCUGAGCCGACGCCGGGGACCGGGCGGGGGUCAGCCUCGCAGUUAGAGUUGAUUGGAACUGGACGUUUUGCUGGGGAGUGUGUUAAAGACAAUAGAGGGAAUCCUUGUAGACGUGGGGUGCAGGCAGGAGCCGGCAACUUGCUUGGGGGCUUAAACGUGAGACUUCCCAUGCGGCUUGGAGAGAGGGUGUCCGUCUGCCUAGCUGCGGUGGUGAGAGGAGGACCUGAAUUGCGCUAUGGCGCUGACAUAUAGAGAUGUAUAGAUAGCCUAUUAUCUCUUAGCUGAACUACGCACGUUGUGAGGGUUGACCGGUUGUUUGCUUGACCUUAAAUGGUUAGUGUGGUUAAAGCUUCCCCAAAAUGCAGUGUGAGCUGAACUUCCACUUUUGGAAUGAUUGCAGAAUUUGGUACUUAUUCUGAAAUGAGAAACUUAAAUUCAACUCAUAAUGGAAGAAACACAUCCACCUUAAUCGCCCUUCUCAGCUGUCUCUCCUUCUGACUAUGUGGGACUCCAUAUCACAAUAUUUCGAAAGUUCUACUUUAUAGAACAAACACAGUUUGAAGUUCAGUAUUUGCCAGGGGAAAUUAAACGGGAAUUAUUGAGUUGAGGAAAGUCUAGUUUAUUUGCUUUUUGAUGUCUGGAAUUCUGUUGGUCAGAUCUCCAGCAUCCAGUGUAUAAUUGGUGAAUGUACUGUAAGUGUGUGUGCAUGGAAUGUACAAGGAUCUUGGUACAUUUAGCAUUAUGUAUUAUACACAUUCGUGGUGCUAGGGGAUAAAUGGUAUGAAAAGGGUAAAAGUCCUACACGAAUAAAGUGAUAUUAUGAUAGCACACAUAUAAGUGCCAGUAUGAGAAGUCUGCGUGGGCCUUUCCCAGAAGUAGAAAACCAUUUAGAGCCAUCACAUACCAAUUAAUGCAUUAACUUGAUCUUGAUGGCCAUUGAUACUGCCACUUACUACUGUGUGACUUUGAGCAAAUUACUGGCUCAAACCCUCUGGCUACCCUUCUCAGACACAGGAAAAGUGGUAUCUGCCUUGCCUGAUUGUUAUGAACAAUCAAAAUGUUAUAAUGUUUGUUAACUCACCUAGCAUAGUGUAUCUGGUGCUAAUAGGUGAAUACUAAAUGUUAGCCAUCAUUAUCUCCUGACUUUAGCUGAGUAAAUUAAAUAAUAUCUGAACCCAUCAGACUUGUAGGGGGAUAUACCAGUCUUAGAGAAGAAGAACGUAGAAACCUCUUGCCAGUUUGGAAUAAGGUCUGCCCCUGCAACCCAACAUGCUAUCCUGAUUGUGUGUGGGGAUGGGGAAGAGAUCACUGACAAGUACUGGGGCAGAAGACAUGUUCAGGAGUAAUAGGGGAGGGAAAGGAUCUUUGGCUCAGCGGCCAUGGCUCACGGGCCCAGCCGCUCCGCGGCAUGUGGGAUCUUCCCGGACCGGGGCACGAGCCCGUGUCCCCUGCAUCGGCAGGCGGACUCUCAACCACUGCGCCACCAGGGAAGCCUGGAUCUUUUUUUUUUUUUGAAUUUUAUUUUAUUUAUUCUGUUAUACAGCAGGUUCUUAUUAGUUAUCUAUUUUAUACAUGUUAGUGUAUAUAUGUCAAUCCCAGUCUCCCAAAUCAUCUCACCACCACCUAGGGGAGGGAAAGGAUCUUAAACGUAGGAAACGCAAGAGGCAAAAAGCAAGGCAAGACCAAAGAACAUAAUUUGUUUGAGACUCAACUGAACUUGUUUUUUGUUUUCUUUGUGUUACACUAUUACCAUUUUCAACAAAUUAUGACAUACCUGUUAACUUUGAGGAUUUUAAGCACAAUGUGCCAAGCUGUAUGGGCACAUAAGCAUUUUCUAUGCUGUGUCUUAUUUCAUCCUCAUGGCAGCCCCAGCGUAGGUAUUUUUAUUAUCCCCAACUUUAUGGAUAAAUAUACCCAGGCUUGGAAAUACUAAGUUGGUCAAGGUCACACAACCAGGAAGCAGCCAAACAGAGGUUCAAAUCCAGGACCACCUGACUUCCAAGACUGUGCUCUGCAUGGGGCUCUCUGCAAGGUGAAAGACUUGAGUUUCUUGGCUUUAAGUCAAGACUUGUUUAUAAAAAUUGCUUGGGUGUGGAGAGGGAGACUUCCAUUGAGGUUUUUCACAUGUAAAUAUCAGCCAUCCAACUUAUAGAAGAACUCAACCAAAAUUUUACAAUGUAAAUCCUAAAAACCUCAUUAUGAGUUUUUUCAAAGCUUUAUAGAUUAGAGAUCUAAGAGAUUUAUGUAACAAGGCGCUCCUAAAGGCAUAUUUUCAGUAUUAGUCAUAUUUAGCUACUUUUAAUAGCCUAGAGACCCUAGGUUCACAUUGCAAAGCACAUGGAAAGAAUCCGAAUGUACAAAAUAAUCAACAAAUUAAGAUCACAAGGGAAAUUUGGCAGCCAAGCAAACCAAAAAUAAAGAGCACUGCUACAACUACUGCAUACCGAAUGCUUUCUCUGUACCUGGCAUUUUACACAUGUUCACAUCUAAUCUUUACCACAAUCUUGUGAGGGAGCUAUUACUGCUCCAUUUUCACAGAUGAAGAUACCAAAGUUCAGAGUGGGCACAUAAUUUGCCCAUUGUCAUAUGUCUCUUAAGUGGCAAAAGCAGAUUCAAAUAUAGGUCUGGCUCCAGGUUGACUCCAAAGUCUAUGUCCUCUACAUGGGUUGCCUUAGAAGAUACUGAUGAUACUUUUUAAAGUAUCACCCUUUGGAAGUGAUCCUGUAGGAAACACCUAAGAGUAAAUAACAAGUUACCCACCAAGAACUGAGAAAUGAGGAUAUUUUAUAGACAAAAUAGUAAAAAUUCAAUAUGCAAAUAGAAACAAUCAAGACAUCAGACUGUUACUACUAGAAAAGUUCUGUGUCAUUAGUACAGAAAGUCCUUAAUAUCCUAUUGUGAUUAGCACUGGGAAAGCCUCAAAGUAAAUCUACUUAAAACACGGACCAAAUUUCAGAGCAGUUAGUGAAAAAAGGUUUGCUGGGGACUUGUCUUGAAAAUAAAACUCAACAUUUUUAAAACACAUUUAUUCUAUCCUACAUUGAACAAAAUUGAUAAGUACAACCAUGUGCUAAUUAUAGAAUGAAUAAAUAAUAAAUCAAGAUGAUUAUUGUUGGCUUAAAUUUUUCCUAAGCAUUGUGAAGCACCUUACA